AUGGUUCUCCGAUCAGGGAGAUUUAAGCUUCGGGUCUUAGCCACGGCGGGCAUAAUAGCUCUAGUGAUAUUAACAUUUCACAACAUUGAAACCUUAUCGCUGUAUUCUCUGUCACAGUAUGAUUCUCUUAGGGCUGGGUGGAAAGACUACAUGAGAAUUGCCGAUUCAAUCGAGUCGCCUUUAUCCACUGAAGACUUACGACUGAGGCACCUUUACUGGUCAAAUGUGUUCCAGAUAUUCUCUCAAAACCAACCCAACAUUACUGGAUACGACAAUGGGGAGAUAGUCCGGUAUAUCGAUAAAUCACAACAAAAAGGUGGCCCUAACAGCAAAGACACGUUAUUAUCUAAAGCCUUUGUGUCAGAUGAAGUUAUCGAAGAAUUCAGAGGUAAGCAUAUGAGCUUGAUCAAGGCUCUACCCCAUAAGUCUUUUUCCAAGACGUAUAAGAAAAACUCCAGAGGAAUAGUAAUGGUAGGCGGUGGAAGGUUUUCAUGGCUAUCAUAUCUCUCCAUUCGUACCCUCAGAAACACGGGACUGAGCCUACCAGUUGAGGUCAUGAUACCAAAGUUCGAAGAUUUUGAGAAGGAGAUUGAAUUUUGCUCCAUAAUUUUACCUAAAGUGAACGCUCGAUGCUUGAUCAUGCCUCAGAUUCUUGGCCUAUCAGUCAUGAGGGACUGGUCUUCGAAGUUAUCUUCAUAUCAACUAAAAGCCUUAGCUUUAAUGACUUCUCUGUUCCAGCACGUUUUGCUAUUGGAUUCAGAUAAUGUCGUGAUCCUGGAUCCAGAUACGGUAUUUGAAAGUGACUUAUACAAGAAAAACGGAAUGAUUACUUGGCCCGACUAUUGGGAAAGAACGAUAUCCCCAGUAUACUACAAAAUAUCAGGUAUUAAGGUAGAUGAGAGGCGCCGCGUGCGAUAUAAUCGAUUACCGCUUCGGGUUGAUCCAGGUGCCAACAUUGGUGCAGAUGAGGUUGAAUCCGUGCCGUACCAUGAUCUUGAUGGAGCUGUUCCUAAUUUAUCCACCGAGUCGGGACAAAUGUUCGUAGAUAAGGGCCUGCACGGCAAGACACUUCUCCUUUCCCUUUACUAUAAUGUUUUUGGUCCCAACCUUUACUAUAAGUUGUUUUCGUUGGGUGAACAAGGUGAAGGCGACAAAGAUACUUUUGUAUCGGCUGCCACUGCGGUAGGAGAAUCAUACUAUCAAGUGAAAUCAUUCAUAAAGACGCUUGGUUAUUUUGACUCGAACAACAAGUUCCAGGGGGUUGCCAUGGGCCAGAAGAAUCCAAUAUUAGAUGCUGCAUUAUUUGAUAAGUAUUUCUCUAUGAAGACUCCUUUGCCGAAAGAAUUACCCAAACAAAUUGAGCAUAUUGAGAAGCUAAUCAAGUCCGAUUUUGAUGCUCACAAUGAGAUUCCGGUGAUGUUCUUGCAUUGUAAUUACCCAAAGUGGGAUCCCACAGAUUUGCAAGAACGCGAAGAGAUUUAUGACAGCAAAGAAAACAAACUUAAAUAUCGACUUUACAAUGACUACAAGUACGAGAAAGUCGUGUAUUUGAAUGGCAUGAAGAGUAUCACCGAAAAGGAUUUUGAAUUUGAUCAGUGGCUGCUCGUUCAGCAGAUUUUGUGCACUGAAAAGCUCUCUUUCACGCAUUUUCAAGAUAAGGAUAUUGGAUUGAUUUGCAGAUUCAUCGGCAAUCAAGUCAACUGGCUACGUAAAACAUAG